GGGUGCUGCUGCUCCUUCGUCUUCUCUUUUCCUUACACAGAUACACACUCUUCCACUCCAUCUAAUUACACAACACCCACCUUGCCUUGCAGCUAAGAGAAGACCCAGAGGAGGACACGGCAGGAAUGUGAGUGAGAAGCUUCAUCUGAAAACGUCUGCCCAAAGGACUCCUCCCUCAUCUGUCUUGGUGAUUUACUCCAGAUCUGCAGCAGUGUGAGACGCCCUGCUGUGUGUUGCUGCACAGGGAAUGCACGGUGGAUAGAGACGUGGCCUGAACACAAUGAGCAGCCAGGACAAAUGGGUCACACUGACCCCAGCUGAGUUCGCCUUGCUACAGGAAUACGCUCAGUACUCAACCAAGAAGCUGAAGGAUGUGCUGCAGGAGUUCCAUGGAGAUGGUGUGUUGGCUAAAUACAAUCCAGAGGAGAAACAGGAAAUCCUCAGCCAGGAGAUCGACUUCCAGGGCUUUAAAGUCUUCAUGCAAACAUUCCUGGAGAGUGAACUCCCCGAGGAGUUCUGUCAGCACCUCUUCAUGUCGUUUAGCAACAAGGGACCCAAACCCAGUCCCUCAUCGUCUGACAGACCUCGAGUCUCUGGACUGAAGCUGAUCAAAGGCAACUCCACCCCUCUGAAGACACCUCCUCUGCCCAGGCCUCAGGAUGCAGUGCAGCUUAAGGACAUUGUGUGUUACCUCUCCUUGCUAGAGGGGGGGCGCCCCGAGGACAAGCUUGAAUUCAUGUUUCGCCUCUACGACACAGACGGAAACGGCUGUUUGGACAGCUCGGAGUUGGAGCACAUUGUCUCCCAGAUGAUGCAUGUUGCAGAGUACCUGGAAUGGGAUGUGACUGAGCUAAAACCAAUCCUUCAGGAAAUGAUGCAGGAGAUUGACUACGAUCACGACGGCACUGUAUCGCUGGAAGAGUGGAUCCAGGGAGGCAUGACCACCAUCCCACUGCUAGUCCUGCUGGGGCUGGAGACCAACGUAAAAGACGAUGGGCAGCACGUGUGGAGACUGAAGCACUUUAAUAAGCCAGCCUACUGUAACCUGUGUCUCAACAUGCUAAUUGGACUGGGGAAGCAGGGACUCUGCUGCUCAUUCUGCAAGUACACAGUCCACGAGCGCUGCGUGGCUCGUGCUCCGCUGUCUUGCAUCAAAACGUAUGUCAAGUCCAAGAAAAAUACAGAGGUAAUGCAUCAUUUCUGGGUGGAAGGGAACUGCCCCACCAAGUGUGACAAGUGUCACAAAACCAUUAAGUGUUACCAGGGUCUGACUGGGCUCCACUGUGUUUGGUGUCAAAUCACGCUCCAUAACAAGUGUGCCUCACAUGUGAAACCUGAGUGUGACUGUGGACCCCUGAAGGAUCACAUCCUGCCCCCCAACUCAAUCUGCCCCAUCGUCCUGGAAAGACAGUCUACGCUGAGGAAGGAUUCUCGGUCAAGUCAGUCAGGCCGAGGAAAGAUGCAGAGAGCCAACUCUGUCACAGUCGAUGGCCAAGGACUGCAGAUCACAACAAUAGAGGGCACUCAUCCUCUGCUGGUGUUUGUCAAUCCAAAGAGCGGGGGGAAGCAGGGAGAGAGGAUUUAUAGAAAGUUCCAGUAUCUUCUGAACCCAAGACAAGUCUACAACUUGGCUAAAAAUGGACCCAUGCCGGGGUUGAAUUUCUUCAGAGAUGUUCCUGAUUUCCGAGUGUUGGCCUGCGGAGGCGACGGCACUGUGGGCUGGAUCCUGGACUUCAUCGAUAAGGCCAACCUGGACAGGAACCCCCCUGUGUGCAUACUUCCUCUUGGCACGGGCAACGACCUGGCAAGAUGUCUGCGAUGGGGAGGAGGCUAUGAGGGUGAAAGCCUCCUUAAGAUCCUGCGGGACAUUGAGAACAGUACAGAGGUGAUGCUGGAUCGCUGGAAGAUUGAUGUCACACCCACAGACAAGGAAGAGCGAGGGGACCCGGUGCCUUACAGCAUUAUAAACAACUACUUCUCCAUCGGAGUGGAUGCCUCGAUUGCACAUCGUUUCCAUGUUAUGAGAGAGAAGCACCCCGAGAAGUUCAACAGCAGAACAAAGAAUAAGCUGUGGUACUUUGAGUUCGGCACUUCGGAGACUUUUUCGGCCACAUGUAAGAAGCUCCACGACUUUCUGGAGGUUGAGUGCGAUGGCGUUACCCUGGACCUCAGCAGCAUUUCCUUGGAAGGCAUCGCCAUCCUCAACAUUCCCAGCAUGCACGGCGGCUCCAACCUUUGGGGCGAAAGCAAGAAGAGGAGGGGUAACCGCAAGGGAGGAAAGAAGAGUCAAGACAAAAGGACGCCGGUGAUCGACCCCAAAGAACUCAUGUUUGCAGUUCAAGACCUGUCUGAUCAGCUGCUGGAGGUCGUGGGGCUUGAAGGAGCCAUGGAGAUGGGUCAGAUCUACACUGGCCUGAAGAGCGCUGGAAGGCGCCUGGCACAGUGCUCCUCUGUGACCAUCAGAACCAGUAAAUCCCUUCCAAUGCAGAUCGAUGGGGAGCCUUGGAUGCAGACGCCCUGCACUAUUGAGAUUGUCCACAAGAACCAGGCCCCCAUGCUGAUGGGACUGCCACAAGGUCGAAGCUUCUUCUCUUCGCUCAUCAGACGAACUCGCACCGAGAGCAAAGAUUGAAUCUCCAAGACCUCCGAGUGCUCACACACACCUGCAGGGCACCAGUCACCGGUUGAUCUUCACUGGGCCCGUUUGUAAAGGAGCUCUUUGUCUGAUUGAUAGCCCAGCGUACGGUAGCAAACUGUAGGUUCAGUAUGUGUCGCCUGCAGCGUGGAGACGUCACUGAGGAGCCCGCAUCGGAUCCAGUGUGAGGCGAGUUUAGGACUGACACUUUCCUCUACAGUCUGUGGUGUACUUUAGCUCCAAAAAUACUGAAGCUAUUUAUGGAAGUUCAUUUCUGUUCUUCUAUUUUCUAAACUUCUGUUUUUAUUCAUUUUUUUUUGCUGUUGUGCUCUGUGCCAUGUGGAGCUAACCCACAGUUGAAUGUGUUUUGUGAGAUGUAUUUAUUUAUUUAUUCAUAUUUAACUGCUAUUGAUGUUUUCUAAUGUUUUAUUUUUGUAUUUGCAUACCCCUGGUGCAUGAUGGACAGUGAAAGAGGCUGCUGCUGUUGGAGCUGACAUAUCUGGAGUUUGCAUCUGAUUUUUUUUCCCUCCCCAAGUGUUUAGUAAGAAGUGAAGUGUCUUUGCCCAGCAUCUCUUCUGCGCUUCACUCACGAAUGGCUUCAAAUAGUGCAACGACAGAGAAUCACAUUUGCUUUCUUUUAAUGUUUCUUGCAAGUCAUCCUUGUCAUGUUUUGAUUGGCUCUGUUGCUUCUCCGUCAGUGGAAAGAUUAGGAAUGAUUAUUGAUUGUUCAUAAAAAAUGCAUGACACUCUUUGUUUUACGUCGCACGAGAGAUUUCCAGACAGUUUUACCAAAUGUGUGCACACCUUUUGUUGCAUGAGUGACCGAGAUCUCUUUUGACACUUAUGGAAAUUGUUGAUUUUUUUUUUUUUAUCUGCAUCUACAGCGCAGCUCAACCACAUCAUCCUUUAUCCGCAUUUUUAUGGGAUCCUGUGUUUUGUUAACAGGUACUCGGGCACAUUAUCAUGAAAAUCUGUGAAAAGCCACAGAAAACUACAGUAUUCAAUUAGACUUCUUAUCGGUACUGCAAAUGUAUAGUUAUGUUCACAAGAAUCAGUUUGACCUUCUGUGGUCAUUGAUUUGUUCUGAUGUCUGUUGGUGAGGAUUUACAGUCCACUGCGCAUACAAGCACACAUUAAGCAGUUAAAGGCUACCUACAAAAUGACUAUUCAUGUAUAUAUAGUACUGUUAAAAAGCCUAAUUUCUUUAUAUUUUACUUCCAACUAGACAGGCUUUCUUGUAAUUUUUUAAAGUGGUCUUGCGUAACAACAAAAAAAGGAUAUUGUGGAGGUGAGGUCGCAGAGGACAAAAAGUGGCAGGCCUAAAAAAAAACUGUAUGAUGAACUGUAUGAAGGUCAUGUCCUUCAGAAAUAGGAAAAGACCCGACAGAGAACCUGAGAGAUGCAUCUGGCCCUUCAGUUAAUCCAUCUAUUGUUCAUAGAUGUUCUACUGCAUUUCGACCAGUGGUGUUGGGGAUCUCGUCAAAGUUGAUGGAAUUAUGGACACAGAAAAGCACCAAGAGAUUUUGAUCCAACCUGCAAUUCUAUAUGGAAAGCAUCCGAUUGGCAACAUCUUCAUUUUUCAGCAGCAGUGAUCCCAAACACACCAAUGCAGUAAAAACAUACCCGGAUAGGAAAGACACACACACUGUCAGUUAUGGAUUGACCUCUCCAGAGCCCGAACCUCAACAUUGUUGAAGCAGUGUGGGAUCAUCUUGACAGAGAAGAAAACAAAAGGCAGCAAACAUCCAAAGAAGAGCUUUGAAUGUCCUUCAAGAAGCCUGGAGAACUGUUCCUGAAGACUACCUAAAAGUAGUAAAUUAUAAGAAAGCUUCCUAAGAGAGUUCAGGCAUACCAGGCACAGGUUUGGACACACUGGGUGAGUGUGUCCAAACCUGUGCCUGGUACUGUAUAUAUCAAGAGAGAGCAAGAAUCAAUACUGAAAAUCUGUUCCAUCCAAUAACAGUCACUAACAUAUGCAAUUUAUAAAUAAUUCAUGAGUGUCCUCCUUAAUACAAACGAUUUGCUUUAUUGUGGGUGGUAUUGGUAGUGAUUCAGUGCAUUUCUGCACUUAUUCAUUUCAUUCAGGCUCAACAAAGACAAAAACUCUCACUCAUUCACAUUGUGGGGAUAAUAUGUUACAGACCUUACAGUGAUAAAUGCAUUUGUUUUUACAGAACUGCACUUCUGCAUGUUUUGGCAAGACUUUUAGGCUUGACUGUUUCAGUCUUUAAAACUCAUCAGACCGAGGUGCGAUGAGUCUCCCGUGUCCUUUUGCUUUGUACGGUGUAGCGUUUAUACAGUGAGGUUGUAUUUUUGUACACAGUAUUACUUAUUUUUCAGCUUUUUGCUUCAACUCGCCAUGUUGUUGUUGCCUAAAAAGAAAUUAUGCCUGCCAGAGUUGACUGAGAAAAAUGAUUGAAACAAUAAAAAAGCUUGUUGUUUGA